AUGCGGGACCCUGAAAUCUUCGGUACCGAUUCGGACCAGUUUGACGGCCAUCGCUUCUUGAGGAUGCGCCAAAAGCCAGGAGAGGAGAAUCGGUGGCAAUUCAUGAGUACUAGCCCAGAGUUCCUGAGCUUUGGACACGGUUUGCCUGCCUGCCCGGGACGAUUCUUUGCGAGCAAUGAGAUCAAAAUCGCCAUGAUCCAGCUCUUGUUGAACUACGAGUGGAAGGUUUUGGACAAACCGCCGCAGAGCAGGUUCGCCAGCCGUUUUGUGCCAGACCCCGAGACACUCAUUGCGUAUAAGUCGAGAACACCGGAGAUCGAGUUUUGA